GAGCUCCUCAAGUCCGACUCGCUCUACGGUGGCGCGCCGUCCAAGGUGGUCCCGUACGAGGAGUCCAAGCUCAAGUUCUGGCAGUCCUCGGCCACGCCUCGAGACGUGGAGGAGGUCUGCCCCAAGUUCGUCGUCGACGCCUUCCGCGACCCCGACGCCUACAUCCGCAAGCCGGACCGCGUGGUGGAGCAAGACCUCGAGCUCCUGCCGCCGGUCAAGCCGCACUGGGACGUGCGGCUCGCCAGCGACGCCCGCCUUCGCCGGGACUUCCUCCUCAGGCUCGCGGAGCGCGGGCUGGUGGGCUUCCGGCGGCGGAUCAGGUCACGCGUGGGGUGCUUCUUCGUCGAGAAGAAGGGCGGCUGGAUCCGCCUGGUCGUCGACGCUCGCGACACCAACCGCACCCACUGGGCGCCCCCGCACGCCGCCCUCGGGACCCCGGCCGCCCUCAGCGAGCAGGACUGGUCCGAUGCUGCGCUCUCGGACGCCGGUCGAGAUAGUGCCGACGGCUCGCCUGCCCAGAUCUUCGGGUCGCCCCUCGACCUCCAGGACUCGUUCUACCAGUUCUUCUCGGAGCGCGUCGCGGAGGAUUUCGGGAUGGAUUUUCCAGAGCGGGCGUCCUACUACCAGGUCUCCCACAUCUGGACGCCCGACGGCCUGUCCCCUGUCGACCCCGACGAGCUCGUCUUCCCGGUCUUCCGCGGGGUGCCGAUGGGGUGGUCCUGGGCACUCUGGGCCGUGCACUCGUCCGUCACGUCCUGGGCCUCGGACACGCUGCCGGGUGGUGCCCGCCGCCUGCUGCUUGACAAGCAGCCGGCUCCCGUCGCGGCGCCCUUCCGCCCCACCGGGUCGGUCUACGUGGACAACGUCUCGUUCCUGGGCCUCUCGAGCGACGACGUCGGGCACGCGCUGCAGGCCGCGAAGGACAAGCUCGACUCGCUCGGCAUCGCGUACCACGAGGUCGAGGGUCCGGCCACGCACUUCACCACCGUCGGCGUCGAGUACGACGGGAAGCGGAGGCGGCUGCGGCAUUCAGAUCACCGAGCCUGGCGCCUCUAUUUGGCCUGUCAGGAGCUCGAGCGCCCUGGGGUUCCACGCGCGGCUUGGCAGAUCCGCGUGUUCCUCGGGCACUGUGUGCAGCACUGCCUGCUGUUGCGGCCGGCCCUCUCGAUCUUCCGCCUGCUCUACCGCUUCGUGGACGCGCAGGGUCAGGGGCCUCCAGUCGCGCUGUCUGCUGGGGCCCGCCGGGAGAUCCAGCUCUUCAGGGGGCUCAUCUUCCAGGCCGUCGUCUUCCUGGACCGGCCGAUGUCCUCCCUGGUCUUGUGCUCCGACUCGUCCGAGGCUGGCUACGCCCUCCAUCGCCGACGUGCUGACGUUCGACUCCUUCGGCAGCUGGCUGCUACCCGGGAGAGGUGGAGGUUCGUCCCCAACGAGAAGCGCCCCGACGCGGCGCUCGACGACACCUUCUCCCCAGGCUGGGCGCCUGGUGCUGGUGGAGUGCUGGGCGAGCCGCCGGGCGCUACAGGCGUGGCCGUCUGGGCCCCCCCGCCGACGCGCUCGAGGGAGGGCGCCCGGGGCGUGCUCAAAGGCCGGCUCAGACCCACUGUGCGGCCUGCAGGCGUCUCCGUGCCCGACAGCCUCGUCGAUCCCAGGGACUGGUCUCUCAUCGUCGAGGGCGCCUGGCGCCGCAGCGCCCCCAUCCACCUGCUGGAGGGCCGCAUCGCCCUGGGCGGCUUGCGACACGCCGCCCGGCAGGUCGACUGCCACGGCUCCCGGGUGCUCAGCCUGGGCGACAACAUGUCGGAGCUCCUCUCCGUCGAGAAGGGGCGAGCCGUGGACCACGGCCUCGCCUGUCUGUGCCGGCGGGCCGCCGCCUACCAGAUCGCCUGCGGGAUCUCUUGGCGGCGGCGGCACCUCGACACGGACCGCAACCUCAGUGACGCGGGCUCGAGGAAGGCGCUCCAGGGCGUCUACCGCCCAGGACAGCGGCGGGUUGGCGGCAGGUCGGCGUGGCCCGCCCCGCCCGCUGGGUGCCCGCAGUCGGCGCCCCCGGCGCCGGCCCCGCCGGCGCCCUCGGCGACCGCCAGCUGGCCAGUCGCCGAGGAGGCUUGCGAGCCUCCCCCCGCGGCGCGGCUGCGCGGCGGCCGACUGCAGACCCGCCCGCCGCGGCCGCCGCCGCGGGCAUCUGGGGCCGCUGGCCGCUGCGGGCCGCGGCUCGCCCCCCGGCCACAAGAGGGGCCCGCAGCCGGCGCCCCUGGCCACCCUGCACGCGAGGCGACGAUCGACGAGCUCGGUCUGGCGGUCGCGGCUCCGAUCGACAUCAAGUUCGGUGGCUGGGGCGACCUGCUUCGGCCCGGCAUCGAGUCCGUCGUUCGCCAGUGGAUUGUCUCUCGCAAGGUCUGUUUCGUGCACUUCGGGACUCCGUGCACUCCGUGGUGGUCCCUCGAGAACCCCCGAGGUUCCCGGCUCUUCUCUUGGGAGCCUCUCCAGAAGUUCCUGUCCGAGCAUAGCAAGGUCUCCGUGGUGUAUGACUGCUGUCGGUUUGGAGCCCCGUACCAGAAGCCCACCAGGAUUGAGUCUGACCUCCCCGAGCUCGGUACCCUUGAAAGGCGUUGUCUUGGAGGUCAUGCCCACGAGCAUCUUCAGGGGAAGGUCAAGGUCCCUGAUCGCCAGGGUCGGCUCAAGCAGUUCUGGCGCACGACCCUGGCCGGCGCCUACCCUCCUGGUGCCUGCCACAGCGCCGCUCGGGCCCUGGCGCGCGCGGCGCCCGCGGCAGCUUGGCGACAAGAUGGGGAUCCACUGCUGCCCGGUCACUGGGAGACUCAGCUCCGCCGUGCAGCCAAGAUGGACGACUUCCAGCCGUCCCUCGAGUGCCCCAGCUGCCCGCGGAAGUGGGUCGCCCUCUGGCUCCCCGACGCCGAGGGCUGGGGCCGCUUCGUGCCUGCUGACUCCUCGCCGGGCUUCCUGCGGCGCUCGCAGGUGCGGCCGGCCACUCAGGCCCGCUACCUCGCCAGCGUCGUCAUGUUCGCCACGGCCAUGGGAGUACUUCGACAGCUCUACGUCGACGCCGGCAGCAAGAGCACGGCCCGCUACACCUUGGCCGCCCUGGCCUACCGCUUCAGCGUGUCGCUUCGUGCCCCGGACGUCUUCCCAAAGGCGAAGGGCGCCCUCUCCGGCUGGGGCAAGCUCGAGCCGGACGUCACCUCGGAGCCGCUCUGCUGGGCGGCAGCGUGCUUGAUGGCCCUGUACCUGGCUGGUCUCAACACAGAGAUUGCCCUGCAGGCCGCCCGCGGCCUGGUCGUACAGUUCGACGCGUACCUGCGUCCAGGCGAGCUGCUGGACCUUCGCGUGCCUUGCUGCAUCCUGCCGCAGCCAAGUGCCGGCUCAGGCUACAACAAGAUGGGGCUCGUCGUCGGUGCCUCCGCGCUCGUCAUGGGCGACGACGUGCACACUCGCGUCACCAAGACUGGCCUCCAGGACGACACCGUGCUCAUCGAUGGCCAGUCGCGUACUGGCGUGGCCGGCGCCCUCAUGGCCCUCGUCAAGAGCGCCAACCGUGCCCGGCAGGGGCGCCUCAUGUUCCUCCACUCCUACGCGUCGUACAACCGCUUGCUCAAGAAGGCUGCCGUCGCUGUCGGCCUCCCGACCAAGGUGACUGCGCACCUCCCCCGGCACGGCGGUCCGUCGGAGGACUACCUGAGAGGCGCCCGCUCGCUGGCCGACAUUCAGACGCGCGGCAGGUGGGCGAGCUUCCGUUCGGUCCAGCGCUAUCAAAAGAGCGGCCGUGCACUUGCUUCUUUCAGCCGCCUCUCGGCCGCAGUAAAAGUGGAG